AAAUAGCAUCGACACUGUUACCUCAUUUCUCAAAGCAAAGCAAAACAGAAUCAGCGCCCACAGUAUCAAAUUCUUUCUCUCGUGCAAUCCACGCGAACACCACAAUCCCUAUAAAUAAAUCACGCACAUUUCAUCGCCGUUUUAUUCAAAACACAGUGCCGUUUUUAACGAUGCAGAGUCUUCAACAGAAAGCUUCAGAAUGGAGCGGAGUUUCAACAGAUGAAGCUUUCUCCAUCGAUGAAACCAAUCUCUUCCAGAAACUUGGUCUUCAAACUUUCAUUAACCUCUCCACCAAUUUUUACAAUAGGGUUUAUGAUGAUGAAGAAGAAGAAUGGUUUCGUUCCAUAUUUGCAAAUUCUAAGAAAGAAGAAGCUAUUCAGAAUCAGUAUGAAUUCUUUGUGCAAAGAAUGGGAGGGCCUCCGCUUUUUUCUCAGAGAAGAGGUCAUCCUGCUCUAAUUGGUCGACAUCAACCAUUUCCAGUCACACAUCAAGCUGCGGAGAGGUGGUUACAUCACAUGCAACUAGCAUUGGACACUACUCCAGAUAUAGAUGAUGACUCAAAGAUCAAAAUGAUGAACUUCUUCAGGCACACUGCAUACUUUUUGGUGGCUGGUGAUGAGCUAAAGAAUCCAAACCAACAGAUACCAUGCAAGCAUGCAGCUGGAAAAGACAAUUCAUGAUUAACAAAACUUUAUAAGUUUUCUUUUGUUUGUUGUCUUAUUAUUUUAACUUUCAAUGAUCUUGUCGUCUGUCUGUUGGUUUUGUCUCCUUGCACCAGCCUAUCAUUUUGAUUCCAUAAUUUACCUGUAUAUCGGUCCCAGCUUUUGGUCAAGAUUGAACGUCUAUAUGUCUAUCUAUCCAUGACUAUGUAACAAUCUGAAAAUACUUUCAAAAGUGUUCCCACUAACAAUAUACUUCAUGUGACUGGCCAAAAAAAGAAAAAUACACUUCAGUCAUUUUAUAGUCCGAAAAUAAAUAUACAAUCUAUAACAUUCUCCAA